GGGCUCAGCUGCAAUUUCAGCCUCGGGUAUUUUCUAAUUUGUUACUGAAUAAAUUCUGGACUUGGCUACAUACGUCAAGAGAUCUGGAAAACAUGAAGCCUGUGACGUUCUUCAUUUGCCUCGUGGGAUCAGCUUUUGCUAUUCCGACCUAUCCCUUAAUGUACAAACUUGGAAUCCGUGGGCAGAAAAAUUCAGAAAAGAUACAUUUCAGGUUCAUGCCAGACAAUUCCCAGGCUGCAACUGUCUCCGAGAAACAACAUAUAGAGAAGACAUCUGCAGCAGGACAAAAUAUUGCAGUACCAAUACUGGGUGAUUCACUAGUUGCAAGCAAAUAUGCAACAUUUAUAGCAGACCAGUUGCCCUCUAAUGGUAGUCAAUUGCAGGUUAGAGAUACUUCUUCUGAAUCUUCAAAGAAGAAAAAAACAGAGUCUGAGCAGUAUAUGAACAGCAAUAAUGAUUUACUCUCAAUUCAGGGCAGCAGUGACAGGGAGGAGCAGACAUUGAUGAUGGAUGAUGAAGACAAGGAUGAGCAUAGGAACGCUAACAGUCAGGAAAGAAACAGUAGUGAGCAUCAAGUGAAAAGUAGUUUAGGGCGUAUUAACUUCCUUGCUCAGAACAUGGGUGUAACGCUGGCUUCUGACAAUCAGGAGAGUGUCUUUGAGAGAAGCAGCAGCCAUCAAUCUAAUCGUGAGCAUCAGUUCAAGAAUGAUGUUAAGAAAAGCAAUAUGGCUAGCGAUGAUCAGGAAAACCCAGGGCAGGGUCUCACUGUUGGUCAGGAACAGGACACAUGGAAAUAUAAUAAAAAUCCUGUUGGAUUAUUUGAAAACAACAGUGACAGUGAUGAGGAAGAGGAGGAGGAGACAGAGGAAUGGGAUGAAACUGGCUACAGAGACAGGAGGCAAAAAGCCCACGUGAAAAUUCAAGAAGGUCUCUACAGGAGUGAGCAGAAUGAAGAUAGCAGCCAAUCUGAUGAAAUGCUGAGAGAUGCUAGUCAGCCUCUCCAGAUAACUAAGAGGCAGAAUGAGGAAUUUGAAGAGGCUGACCAAAAAGAAGAUGAGGAGGAUAAUACCCCAGCACAGUCACAUAAAGGAGAAGAGGUGACGAGCUCACCAAAAAGUACUGAACAAGAUCAGAAUGCUGAGUGGCCAAGCCAGGAGGAUGAAGAUAGGUUCCAAGACAAUACCCAGAGCAUUAGUGACCACAAGGAAGUGGUGGAAAGACAGAAUCUAAAAAAUGCUGCUGCAUAUAUGGAGGCCAGCAAUGUUGAGGACAACAGUCAUGAAAACAAUGGUGAUGAUUCUAAUAAUGAUGCUGAGAGCGAUGAAGAUGAUUUCAACAAAAGCCAAAAGGAAGCAGCCUACCACAAGGGUGAACAAAUUCGAAGUAAUGAUCACAGAAGCAUCAGUUCUGAGGGGCAGGGGGAAGGAAAGGAUGAAGAUGAAAGUGUGGUGACUAAUGAGACAGAGGAUAACCAAAAUGUCAACAUUAAACACCUCAUUCACUUUGAACAAGAUUAUUAUAGUCAUGAGCCAGCCAUUUCUGACAAUGAGGAACAUGAGAAAAUAACCAGCCUUGUGCAAAGGAGUGUGAACACCAUGGAACCUGAAGAUAAUGUUAAGACGACAGGCAGUCCAUAUAAUGAGGAUGAAAGUUCCAGUGAUAGCAGUAUGAAGGUUCUUCUCAAUCCUUGUAGGAACUUCCACUGUAAAAGAGGUAAGGUCUGCCAAGCAGAUGAACAAGAAAAACUUAGUUGCGUUUGCCAAGAUCCGGCUGCUUGCCCUCCAGCUAAAGAUCAUGAGCAUGUUUGUGGCACUGAUAAUAAAACCUACAAUGGCACAUGUCAGCUCUUUGGUACUAAGUGUAAACUUGAAGGGACAAAAAUGGGACACCAGCUGCACUUGGACUAUAUGGGAUCCUGCAAAUACAUUCCUCCUUGCACUGACUAUGAAGUGGAUCAGUUCCCUCUCCGGAUGAGAGACUGGCUCAAGAACGUCCUCAUGCAGCUCUAUGAGCGUGAUCUGGACAGGUCUGGAUUUCUAUCUGACAAACAGAGGAGUAAAGUCAAGAAAAUCUACCAGAAUGAAAAACGUCUGAUGGCUGGAGAUCAUCCAAUUGAGCUUCUGUUACAUGACUUUGAGAAAAACUAUCAUAUGUAUGUGUACCCAGUGCACUGGCAGUUUAGCCAGCUUGAUCGGCACCCUGCCGACAGGUUAUUGUCGCACUCAGAGCUUGCUCCUUUGCGAGCUUCUCUAGUUCCCAUGGAACACUGCAUAACUCGUUUUUUCCAGGAGUGUGAUGCUGACAGGAAUAAGCAUGUCUCUUUGAAGGAGUGGUGCCACUGUUUCGGAAUUAAAGAAGAAGACACGGAUGAAAACCUCCUGUUCUAAACCAGCAGGAUAGAGUUCCAGCACCCUGUUCACAUACCAGUCAAAUCUGUAAAGCCAUUGUAUUUCCAAGAUACUGAUAGAUUAACACAUUUGAACAGAGAGCUUACAUAAAGAUUUUUGUAGAUUGACAGGGUUAUUCCCAAA